AUGGCGAAAAACGUCUGCAUAAUAGGCGCCGGCCCCUCCGGCCUCGUGGCCGCCAAGACGCUCCUCUACAACGCGCCGCAGGGCGCCUUCAAGGUGACCGUGUUCGACGCCCAGAAGCGCGUCGGCGGGCCUAUGGCACACAGCCGGCACACGAUGCACUUUAGCGAUUUCGGCUGGGAGGACGCCGACGGGCAGUUUCCGCGCGCGUGGAUGGUCGGGCGGUAUCUCGAGCGGUAUCUCGCGCGGUAUCCGGGGGCCGAGGUCCGUCUUGGGUGGAGGGUCACGCGGACGGAGGCGCUCGAGGGGCAUGCUGGCGGAGGCGGCGGGUGGAGGGUCACGGCGAGGGAUGGGUCGGGCAGGGAGGAGGUUGGGCUUUUCGAUCGGCUUGUUGUCGCUACUGGGUUCUUUGGCGAGCCUGUUCUCCCGAGGGGCAUCACGGAUGGGGCGACGGUGCCGGUUGUGCAUAGCAGUCGGUAUCGGGACCUCAAGGGAUUGCUUGGAAAGGGGGCCAAGGGGGGCAAGAUUCUGGUCGUGGGAGGCCAGAUGUCGGGUGUCGAGAUUGCGGGCACGAUUGCGAGUCAUCUUUCGUCUGCGGUCAAUGCGCCAGGGACGACAAGCGAGCUUGCUGGUGCUGAGGGGUACACGAUCCAUCACUUGAUUCAGCAUCCUGCGUGGGUGUUUCCCCUGUACACGACACCCAAGCCCAAACUGUCGGCUCCCCCUUUCUUGCCGGUCGAUCUCGGCUCUUAUAACCUCAACAACAGGCCCAAGCCCCUGACGAACACGCAGGGCCACAUCGCUCCCGAGACGGCCAAGACGGUGCACGGUAUCUUCCAGAAUAUCGUGGGCCAGGAUCAGUCCCAAUUCUCCGAGUCCAUCGCUGUCAAGGGUGACCUGACCUCGGAGCCACCCUACCUCGCCAUGAGCGAAUUCUACACAGAGUUCGUCCGGUCCGGCCUCAUCACGGCCUCGAAGGGCAAACUGGAAGCAAUGGAGAGCACCACAGCCAUAGUCACUCCGUCAGGCGAGAAGAUCGAGGACGUGGCGGCUGUUGUUCUUGCCACUGGCUUUGAUCCUUCGCCUUGCGUCUCUUUCCUCCCCGACUCGGUCCUUAGGAUCCUCCACCACAGCCCUGAGCACCGCGAUCUGCCGUUGGCACUGGGGUUCCACGGCACGCAACACCGCGAUCUGCCGACGUUGGGAUUCGUCGGGUUCUACCGUUCACCCUACUGGGGUGUCAUGGAGAUGCAAGCACGCUUCCUCGCCGCCCUAUGGACACCAGAGAACCUUGCAAAGCCCCCAGCGGGCCUGGCGGCUGCUGUGCAGAGCGAGGCAUGCGAAAAGCGCAUUUUGGCUCUGCGAGAAGAUUCACGAUGCUCGCAGUUUCCAUUUGCCUUCCGCCUUCCCAUGGACAUUCUCACAUCAUCGCGAUACCUUUCACCGCUGGCCGAUGCGCAGGCCAAAGCAGAGAACGCCAAAGUGCUGCAGUAUUCCAACGAUGUCGCUACAGCAGCCUUGACGAGCAGCCGAUUCGUGGCGCACGCCCGGCACUUCAGCGGCACGGCACGGUUCCUGCUCCGCGACGCCACGGCGGACGGCUUGCAGUGUGCAUCGCCGAGCGACAGCGUCGCGCCAUCGGCGACGGACCCAGGUGACCCCGGUCAGGAGUACCUCUACAUCGAGGAGGGCGAGUUCAAGGCGAGCAACGGGCUCGUGUUCCAGGCGCGGCGUCGGUACAUCUGGCGGUACGACGAGAAGCGCGACACGAUCAGCGUGUGGUUCGUGCGGACAGACGACGACAAGAGGGCAGACUAUCUAUUCCACGAGGUCGAGUUUGAGACGAAGCUGGCGACGGAGGAAUCAGACGAGAGGGCGCCCUGGAGGGCCAAGGCGGGCCAUCUGUGCAUCGACGACUUCUACAAUGUCGCGUACGAGUUUGCGUUCGCGGCGGUGCACCUGAGAGAGUGGUCGAUCGGGUAUGCGGUGCAAGGGCCGAAGAAGGACUACGCCAUCCGCGGGGUGUACCGGCGGGAGUAG